ACUAAGGGAAUGUAUCGAACCUCUCACGGUGAAAGAAACCACAUCAAGUCAUCAUUUACAAACAUUUCAAAAGAUGGCAUCAUCGUUACGUGACACGUCAACAAUUUGUUUGUUUGAUGUCGACGGCACUUUAACACCUUCUCGACAGCGCAUCAAGCCACAUGUAGAGGACUUUUUAACAGAGCUAAGAGGAAAGGUGUUGGUGGGGCUUGUUGGUGGCUCAGACUUUGUCAAGAUAGCAGAACAAAUGGGCGGGCAUGAAGAUAUAUUAAACAGAUUUGACUAUGUAUUUGCUGAAAAUGGAUUGGUAGCUUACAAAGGAAGCACACAGAUAGGUCAGCAGAAUCUCAAGAAAUAUGUUGGUGAUGAAAUCCUACAAAAACUUAUCAACUUUGCACUUAGGUAUAUGUCUGAGCUUGUGCUACCUUGUAAAAGAGGAACAUUUGUUGAGUUUAGGAGUUCAAUGAUCAAUUUGUGUCCAGUUGGUCGUAGUUGUAGCCAAGAGGAGAGAGAUGAGUUUGUCAAGUUUGAUGAGGAACACAAAGUGAGAGAGAAAUUUGUUGACGCUUUAAGAAACGCAUUUCCUGACGCUGGUUUGGUGUUUGCCAUUGGUGGCCAAAUUAGUAUAGAUGUGUUUCCUGAUGGUUGGGACAAGCGGUUUUGUCUACAGUUUUUACAGAAAGAUAAUAUUAAAAAUAUUCACUUCUUUGGUGAUAAAAUAGAACAAGGUGGAAAUGACCAUGAGAUUUAUGAAGAUCCCAGAACUAUAGGUCACAAAGUGGUUAAUCCAGAUGACACAGUCAAACAACUUAAGGAGCUGUUCUUCUCUUGAUCAAACUAACUGUCUAGCAUUGGUCAAACUAACUCUAUAGCAUUGGUCAAACUAACUGUGCUUGACUAAUUGGGACUUUUAAAACUGCCAUGUUGACUUCUAUUUAAAUGUACAGUGGGAUAUUAUUGGGCUUUUAAUGUUGCAGUGUUUAUUUUGAAUAUUUUACAAGUAUUACUGUAUCUUAAUCUUGUAUGAGGGACUUAUUUUUUUAUAUGCUGUGGUACUGAAUGCUGUUUGUGUAAUGAUAGAAAGUUGAAUCAUUUUGCAUUCCAAAGUAAACUUUGAACUUGGUGUAAUUCACUAUCAUAACAGACCAAAGCAAUUUUUCAAUGAGUCCUAAGAACUAACCUUAAUGAGACAAUGUAUUCUUGUUUUUAUAUAUUUGCAUAAUAAAAUAAUUUCUUAAAAUAAUUUUUUUAAAAUUAUACUUAAAAGGGUAUCACUCUCUUUUCACAAGCUUUUUCUUGUCUGUUAGUAGUAACCUGAUCUUCUUUUCAGAUAAAUAAAUCUCCUAUGACAAUACAAAAAUAUCUAAUUUUCAAUUUGAAUAGGUUUUAAAUGAGUCUUUGAAAUUAAUUUAAAGAUUACAUAUCACAACAAAGGGAAGACAAUAAAUGCAAACAAUGAGCCAGGUCACUGUGGUGAGCUGGUGUUCAUUGAUGUUUUCAAGGCUGAGAACUUACAAGGAUGUUAUAAGGGGUAGAUAAUUGACCAGUCUUGUUAAGACUGCAAAACACUGAUGUUACUGUGAUAUCUAAAAAUAUAGUUAUGUUCUUUUUUUAGUGUUACUGUAAAGGUUUUUUUUAUAAAUAAAUACUAUUUAAAAGAUUAUGCUUUGGUUUAAAAGAAGGAUUUUAAAAAUACUAUAUGUAUAUAUUUUUAAUAUAGGUCUACACAUUAUUUAUUUUGGUGAAUUAAAAGAAUUUAAUAUAGCAUUGUGGCUAAAAUAUGUUAAGCAGAAAU